AUGGACGACCAACGAUCACUCGUUUCCAAAGCGUCCCAGUCCACGCUCGUGUCGCUGCUAGAGAUCGACCCGGCGCCCAUGGACUCGCCAAAUGCCAACAAAGACGACCCACUGCUCGAGGAGAAUACCGACGGUUCCCUUGCCGACUCGUCGCCAUCCCUUCAUUCCGCCUCGACCUCGACCAGCCUCGGGCUUAGCGGCAGCGGCCAUGGGGCCAUCUACUACCUCACCCGCAUCCAACGCUACUCCUCCUACGCGUUCUCCGUCUUCGGCGCCCUCCACCUAGCCACAACCUCCCUGAUCCCCCUCGCCGCCCGCUCCGUCGCCGCCUCCGAAUCCUACCUCCUCCUCGCCCGCGAAAUCUACCAAACCCCACUCUCCGAACCCUUACUUGUCGCCCUCCCCGCUCUCGCCCACGUCGGCUCCGGUCUCGCCCUCCGCCUCAUCCGUCGCUCCCACAACCUCCACCGCUACUACGGCGGCGAACAAUCCUCUGCCGCCCUCUCGGCCGCCGCCGCCAAGACCGGUUCUUCCUCCAGACAACCCCCCAAAAGCUACCUCCGCCGCGGCUGGCCCUUGUUCAGCUAUAUCUCCGCGUCCGGAUACGUCUUCGCCGGCGUGCUAGCCGCGCACGCGUUUCUUAACCGUGGUCUGCCGCUGCUUGUCGAGGGGGAUAGUGCGAAUGUUGGACUGGCAUUUGUCGCGCACGGAUUUGCGCGGCACGGUGCAGUGUCGUGGCUGGCGUAUGCGGUGAUGCUGGGUGCUGGGUGCGGGCAUAUGGUGUGGGGGUGGGCGAAGUGGAUUGGGCUCGCGCAGGGGGCCGGGUGGGUGGUGGAACGGCAUACGGGGAAUGCGGUGGUGGAUCGGGCGAGUAGGAAGGCAAGGCGGAGGCGGUGGUUGGUGAUUAAUGCUGUGGCUGUUGCAGCCACGGGGCUGUGGGCGGCUGGUGGUUUGGGGGUGGUUGCGAGGGGUGGGGAGACGAUUGGGUGGGUUGGUCAGUUGUAUGAUGGGUUGUAUGAGAAGGUGCCGUUGCUUGGGAGCCUGUGA